UGGCGCUAACAACUACAUAUUGUUAUGGCCAAUACCUCGAUUCCAUCAAUAUCUCCGUAAACAUUAUCCAGCUUAUGAUUGAUACAAGAAUUAUUUUAAACAUCACCAAUUAACCUCAAUAGUUACUAAAAAUACUUAAAUAUGGAUAUACGUGGUAUAGAAGUGACAAAUCAGCUCCGGAGCGCAAUACGUGCGAAGCUCCUUGAGUUGGGUGUCCGCUACGAUGAAGAACUACCAGAUUACAUUCUCGUAAUGGUAGUAAACAAAAAAACCCGUCAGCAGAUGCAUGAAGAUCUAAAUUUAUUCCUCGAAAAUAACACAACUCCAUUCGUCGAUUGGUUGCAUGAUCAAGUGCUGAAGAAAUUGCAAAAAGUGACGAUUGCAAAGAAGAAACCUCCGAGGGAAUUUCUACCAACAGUCAUAGUCAAACAGGAGGAGGAACGAAAAAAAAAGCGCAGUAUCACUCAAGCAGAAGAAGAGAGCAAAGAGGAAUCAGUAGUUGAAAAAUCACCUCUCAAACCUGUUCAGGAUCGGACGAAGGAUAGUGCAAUUCCUCUCAAUAAAUUGAGUCAAAUGGAGAAUUUAGCUUCAUGGUCUCCAUCACCACCACUACAACCACAUUCACAACAACAAUCAGCCAGGAAAUCAUUUGAGAUAGAAGAAAAUUCGCCAUUAGAAUUGGACACAUCUGAAAAACGUAUUGAAUCAAUCGGUUCCAGUUCUAAACGAAUUUCUGAACGAGACAGCACUACAGAGCGGCCUGAAAAACGAUUAAAAAUGACAGACUCAUCGAAAAGCACGUCAAAACAGUCAGAAGAAAUAGGAUUCGAAGAAAAGCGAAUAAAAUCAUGUAUUAAUAAACCAAGGAUUACAUCCGUUGUAUCUGUAAAAACAACAUUAGGGCUGACAUCACCGAGAAAGAAGUUCCUAGUUAACAAAGACAGAACUGACGAUACUGAUUAUGAUUAUCGUAGAAAAGAUACGAGAUUUGAGAAGAGGCCUUAUGAGCUAAUAAACCGCCGGAAUAUUUCUAGGGGAAGAAGUUUUGAAGACGAACUAGGGAGAAGCAGCCGUGAAGAAUCGAAUAAUCGUACAUCUUUUACUAAUAAUAAAGGCAGAAUUUUGGGAGGAAGAGAAUUGGCUGAAAAAGCUGUAUUUCCCGUAAAAUCGAGAAUUGAGGGCACAACAGGGAAUAUCAAGGAUCGAUUAGGCCAAGCGCCAAAAUUGAGAAUUAAAGAUUCCCAAGAAGAUUAUGCACGAAAUAUCAGAAAUAGAAUUGGAGCAGUCACAAGUAAAUUCAGGGCCCUGGGAAGACUGGGAGUUCAAAGAGUGAACAAAGACGAAGAUGGCGAAAUUGAUGAGGACGAUACAGCUGUCCCGAUAAAAUCUCAUAUUAUUGCUGUUAAUAAUUCUACAAUGGAAAGGGAAGGGGUAGAUAGGCGUAGUUUGAAAAAGACGAAAAAAUUGGAAAACGAUGACGGGAUAGAGGCGGAGAAUGAGGAGGGAAAGGCGCUAGCUAGUAAGGUUAUCGUCACUCCUAGACCAUUGAAGCCGCUUCAACCUGUUCAGAAGAGAGCUACUCAGUCUUUAUUGCUUCGGGCAGUAGCUGAAGCCAAUCAAUCUGUGGUGAAACAAAAAAACCCAGAACCAAUUUUAAAGGAGAAAAUGCCAAUAGUCAAACAACUGAGAACAUCGCGUACAAGAGAAAUAGCCCAAAAUUUGUCAGUACAUCUGAACUCCACUAAACGUUUAGUCAUGGAAAAAAUACAAGUGGAACUCACCAACCCUGAUACUGGGGUUAAUGAUGAUCCAGAGCCUUACGUUCCAAGAUCAGUUACUGAGGAACAAAUGGGUGUCGUCAUGUCCCUGUUUCAAAGGGGUGAUGACAACCAAAAAUUUCUAGUCACUUUGAACGGAUACAACAACAACGUUAUGAAGGAGAAGAAUCUGUCGGAUGAUGAGGAACGGUUAGAAAUGGAGGUUAAUGAGGAAGAUGAGCUGGUACUGUCCAAUGCUCCGAAUGAGUCAUCGCCUGGUGAUUUUGAAGCAUUGGAAUCGGAGGAACUUGAUACGUCUGGAAAAAUUGAGGAAAUGGAGAAUAAUGAGAAUAAUUGCAUUGAUAAUUGGCCAGUUGAGGAUCCAAUGAUAAAGAGAAGAAAAUUGAGUCCCAUUAUCUAUACCAGAUCAUCGAGCCCUGAGGACUUCACAACAGUCUCGCCCGGCGCAACAGGUUUUGAAAAACGACCACCGGUUGCACCAGCCAUAAUCAGUGACACUUCGAGGGAAAAAUGUCGAUACUGGCCAAACUGCACAUUGGGAAAAAAAUGCGCAUAUUUGCAUCCAGCUGUUCUCUGCAGAUGUCACUAGGAAAACAGCGCCAAGUUUUGAAUCGGCGAAAAAAAAGGAAGGCAGGAACGUUUUACAGCUGAAGCCCGGAUGGGCAAUCCAACGAAGUCCAAUUAAUAAUCCAAAGAAUAAUUGAUGAAUCCUCAUUCGUGGAAAAAUUGGGAUAAGGAAAUAUUUGAUAUUGAAUGAAAAAUACUGAGUGCUUCGGGAGAGCACGUAAACUAUUUAUUUAACUAUCAAAACUGUAUUAACUUUCACUAGACAUUGAUUUAUAUUUUGGAGAUCUGCACUCUAAAACCGGACUCGUCGAACUGACUUAACUUAU